AUGACACUCAUCACCUUUAGUGCUUGCAUUCUAAGCGAACUUUCAACGAAUGGCGAAGCAGUAUUAGUCGGGGGUGGCUGUUGCACCGGAAGUUCCAUCCACCGUGCCACGGCCGUAUACUUGGAGAAGAAUAUCAAUGGGUCAUCUGUUAAGAGCCGAAAGGGGUGUUUUCGCCUCGCCGAUCCAAUGACCUUGAACGUCUUCACCCUGUUGGUCAGUAGUUUGUCCUUGGCAUUCGUGCCCCUCGCCGUGAAGGACAUAUGCACCUCACACCCGAAACCGAUCAAAUGCAACUGCUUUCCGCCACCUUUAGGUGUCCUCUACAUCCUCGUGAUUUUGCACACUGCCGUCAGUGGCUUGGCCAUCUCGCUGCGUAGCGUCAUCGCUGUGGAACUUAUCAGUACCCACCACCUGACGGCAGCCUUCGCUUACCUCCUGGUCUUUCAAGGCACCGGAGCCAUGUGCGGUCCUCCUCUGCUU